CCAAACAUGUUAUGGGUUUUUCGAAUCGCUCUCGCGGUACUUUAUGUCAUCCGCCUGUCCGAUCUUCCCGCGCCGCAUUAAGUCGAACAAGCCUGUUUUUUUGCCACAUCACCUCAUCGCACUUGUUUUGUUUCGUCGUCAUACCACGUGUCACACUGAAGUUCUCCGAAGAACCUAUGCCGGCAGUUCAAAAAGUACAUACCACAAAGUAAACACUUGUCAAGGGGCCUCAUUGGAUCAGAUUCGUCCUUGUGAUUGGUUUGAUUUUAUUAUAGCACGUGAGAAGUCUCCGCCCCGAGCAUUAAAUGCGCUCAAACUUGCAGUGCCACAGCAGAUCGCGCACGAUAAUCAUAACAUCUUCAACAGGACGUUUAGUGUGGUUAACUUUACAUUCACUUUCAGCAGAAAUCAUGUCUGCCAGCUGCGAAGCUUCAUCGACAUAUCCGAUUCCAAGCCGAUCUGUAGUUGAGAAGACCUGGUCUCAGCUGCCAGAGAGCUACAAUCAGACUCCAGGCGGAACUUUGUUUUCAACAACUCCCGGUGGGACUCGGAUAAUCUAUGAACGAAAGUUUCUCUUGGAAUUUCGAAACUCACCAAUUGCACGCACCCCACCCUGCUGCCUCCCCCAUAUCCCAGGGGUCACUAUUACCUCAGUGCACCCAGCAGAGCAAGAUGAUGACAACAAAGAUGUCCCUGUUGAUGAUAGCCAGUUUGUGAUGGAUAUGUGAUUUCUCUACGACCUUGUGGCAAAAUGGACUGUUUCAGCUUUUCCACCAGUGGAAUCAGGGUCUGAUCUGAGGAAAGAACACACCGGCUGUGGAUUCCUUCUUUGUAUCUUCUAUGAUUUUUCCUUUAUCUUAAAUAAUGAAACACUCAGAUCAAGUUCUCUGUUGUGGGGAGGAGUAUUGAGCAUUUUGAGUUUGGUUGAAAGUAAGGUUAAAACUUUAUAAAUUUGUAGCCUUUGCUGUUUGUACAAUUUCAACUGCUGCUAUUCAGUGCCUUUCUCUUUUGGGACAUUUCUGAAUGUGACCACGUUAAGGUUCAGAUAUGACCAUUUGAUUUUCUAAUGGCACUUCCUUUUAAAUAUCCAAACCAUGUGAGGGGCAAUUAUGUCAUAUAUAUAUUCCAGAAAAGUGAUGUCAUAUAUAUUGCUGUAAAUUUUUGGA